AUGGAUAGUUACCGUUUAGAUGUCAAGAGUGGAAUAAGACAAUUAAAAUUAAAACUUCUAAACUACGAAGCUAUACUCCAAAAGUUAGCAGAAAUGAGAAGACUUUACCAGAGCUACUUACAUGUAAGGGACUUACCUUCAAGCAGUCCGACCAAAGAUGAAUUUUCUGACAUUGUCCCAAUUUUGUCCGAAAGUCAGCUCAGAUGUUUUGAACUGCUCCCAACAUAUCCAGAAUAUGAACGUUUGCCUGAACUCUUCCGCAAUCUCAAAAAACGUUUUUUGGUUCUCAUGUUCGAAACUUUUAUCGGAAGAGACAACAAACGUUCAGAAGAAGAACAAGAUAUUAUUUUAAACUUGUUGUAUGACAUAACUGUCAUAACAAGCUUUUUGAAGUAA